AGGUGAUGAGCUUCAACCUACAUGUAAGCUCAGCAGAGAUCAAAGACAGUGAACAGGUGGAGAGCCCACCUAAACCUGAACAGCUCAAACACAUUGAGCAGCCAGGAACUCUUUACCAGUCAGAUGGUUCAGCCCCAGGCUCGGAUGAUCUGCAACGUGAGAAGAGAUCACCAAAGUUUGAUCCGCUGCCUAAUGGUGACUCCUGUCUUUUGAGUGGAUCUUCGGGUGACGUUUACUAUGAGUAUAUUGAUGCAACUGGACUUGAGUGUCAAUGUGAACUGUGCUUCCCAGGGCGCAUUGUCGCAAGAAAUUGCACAUGUGACCGAUCCACAUUAGAUAUUCCACAACGAACAGAAUGUAGAUUGGUUGAGCAAGGCAAGCAAUUCAUGCCAGUGCACAACAAGUGCACGACGGGGAUUGACUGCAAAGCCUGUCCUCACCCAUGGAUCGUGAAAAUUGAAUGUCCUGCAACUAGUGAUACCGAAUGCGAGUGUGGGAGUGAGGGUUAUUCCGUAGAUGGAAAUGACUGCAUACCAAAACCAAGAUGUGAUGUGGACCAUGAACCGAGGUUUGGAGAUGGUAAACAGUACAACGUUAUGGUUUGCCAACGAUGUGAGGAGGGAUACAGUCAACCCAAGAGCAACUCCACGGACAAAUGCCGAAAGAUUCCAGACCCAACAGAGCUUGUAACUCCUACCCCAAUAGGUUUCACAUCUCAAGACACCAGCAUAGUAUCAGAGACUGUGUCACCAUUUAUCAGGAUGGAAUCAACUCAAAGUCCGGCGGCCAAUUUGACCGGAGUUCCUAGUGACGACACAACAGAUGCAACUGGGACCACAGAAGGACCGACAUUAGUCACAGGAGAUGCAAUUUAUUGCUUGACAUGGAAAAUCGGCAUUAUUGUUGGUUUGAGCAUAUUGGCGGUCGGCAUAUUCAUUGGAAUAGGUGCUACGUGUCUCUACAUCAAGAAGUAUUAUGAUCCCCUUACUCGUAAAGCUGCGGUUUCAAAGGAUGACAGAUCCGGCAUGGAACUCGAAGGAGUUGUCACUGGCUGGGGAGAUAAUAACAAUCGUACUGGAGACGAAGUGAAUAUUGACGAACCUACCUCGUCCAGUCCAUUGAAUGCAUCAUCACCUGAUAGCGGCAGGGGCAGGGGAAAGGGUAGAAACAAACGUACCGGCAAGAUAAGUCAGGCAAGGAAGAGGGGUGGGCAUGGUGGGACGAAUUGACACCUUUUUCCAGUGGGGAGUAGGGGUGCAUUAUUUUUAUGGGGGCGUGUCCCCCCCCCCCCCCCACCCGCCAUAUCCCUCCCCCCAUUCGGCUUUGCCGCUGCAACUGAGAGGCUGUUUAACAGGCUUCAGAUGAGGACGUGUUGGUAUAAGUUGUUGACAAUUUAAGAAGUAUUGUCUUUACUCCUCAACUUCUUCUUAUGGAUAGCUGCCAAUGUAUACUGUAGGAAUAUGUUACGUUGCAUGUGGGACAGUUUGCGGUGUAUAGAAUCCUCAUUUCACCGUUGGGCAACCUGUCCCAUAAUGCAUUGCUAUAUAUUACCGAUCACUUAACACUUCCAAACUAUUCGUAAGAUGCUCUCAGUCUUCCAAGACGUGUGUGACACCAGGUUGCCUUCAAAUCUCCAAAAAAAAAAUAAAAAUAUGAAAUUUGUCCUCCACCAUGUCCAUACACAUUUUGAAGUCGGGCUAUUUUAGGGUUCCAAUGGUAAGAUGAAGCACUGCUUCGAAAACUUGCUGAGUUUUUAUUCUUUUUGGUAUAAACAUGAUCAAUUUUUUUUUUACUGAAAUACACAAAUGCCUGAAAUUGUUGUCACACCUGAGUUAAUACUAAGGGCACACACUAGUUCUUCUUGGUCAUAUACUGUCGUCGGCAUUUCUCUCACACAGGGUAGGGAUAUUUUCUAUUCACUUUUGUGUCUUUCCUUUUUUGCAUUUGGUCAUUUUAUACGUGUCAAUGGUAUGCUAUGCAAAAAGGACCAAAUUUCUUUGCACCAAAAAUAAUGUGAAUGUGUGAUUUGUAGCACUGUUUAGACAAUUAAUAUGCAUACCGAAAAAAACAACUUUUGUAAAUGUUUUUCAACUCUGUGUUUAUCCGAGGGUUGUUCGGCAUUGUUCUUAAUAGUUGCAUAUUUUUGCUCUGCUUUAUUAUUUUAAAUAUACCUUGGUUUAAUUUAGUAAUAGAUGCAUAUUUAUUAUGCGAUCUGCAUUUAUGGAAACCCCUGGAUUAAAAAGUGGCAUGAAUAACUAUUGUAGCAAUUCAAGAAACAUCUCAAAAUCUAAUCUAUAUUUACUCAGAUUUUUUGAAAUAGAUGUUGUGAAACAGAAAAACCACUUAUCAAAGAAGAUGUCACUGCUUUCAGAUAAGAAAUGCAGUGUGGAAGGGUUUUGGCAGAUCGCAUAUUUUUGUAUAUUUCUUGAUUUUCUUGUAGGUAUUUAUACAGGCAUGCAACUUUUCCUCAGAAUCAGCGACUUCCUCGUUUUUCACUUCACAAUUUGUCACUAAAAUUUGAAAUGUAGAGUGCAGAGUCUUGUAAAGCUGGGAAUUUUCCCUCUUUUGUUACUGCGAGUUGCAUGCCUGUUUUCGUAAUUGUUUUCAUUAAUUGGAAAAUUGCUAAAAAAAGGAACACUCAGAUAAAUGUUAUUCGGUAAAUGCGGAUGUAAAUUGCAGUUUUUUAUAUUAUCACUUUUUUAUUGUAAGCUUAAAUUAUGAUGAGAUGUGAAGACUUUUGUGUUGCUUAAUUUGCUUACAUUGCCCGGAAUUAAUCAAUUUUUAUUUGCACGACAGUUCUUAAAUGUUGUCAGUGAUGUCACAAAUGCAUUGAAUCGUGUACGCUUGUAGGAAUUUUGCUUAUAAUGCUUUAUUAAAAAUUGUACAGCAAGUUCGAUGAAUAAGUAAUUAAAAACAGGAGGAAUUUUGGUACAUUUGCAUCUGUGCAUAUCACAGAGUUGCGCUUUUUCCAAAUUGCAAGCAAGGAAAUCUUAAGUAUGCACAGUUUUACUGAGCAUUAAGAGGCAAAUUCCGGGCAAUUGUUCUCCUGUCUGCAAUUCAUGGACAUUUGCUUAGUCCUGCCUAAAAUUGAUUUAAGAAUGAAAAAUAUCAAUGUAAAUACAUGUAUAUAAAAUGUAUUCACACUGGUCAUUCCAUAAAUUCAGGGUCCAUUUUUUUGUGUGCCCCUGUUUGAUAUAAGAUUUUGUAUCAGCAUUUGUGGACACUUUCUUUAAUUCCUUCUAUCUCCUAAAGUGUGAAGCAACCUACCAGCAUUAUGAAAAGCAACGUACCUGCCAGUAUAUAUACAAUGUAAAAAAAAUAGAGAAGUCAAUUUUAAUGAUACUUGCAAAGCAAGUUACACGGGUCAGGGGUAGCAGGGACACAAAACAAUUCAUAUUUUUGUACCCUGAAUUUAUGGAAUGACCCAAUACUGUUUUAUAUGUAUUCUUAAUAAUGCUGGUGGUGAAUAAAGGGAACAUAUUAUUUGAAAGCACUGUC